AUGCUGCUGCCGUUGCCGCUGCCGCUCCCCGGCGGCCGUUCCCCGCCGAGGCCGGCCUCGCUCCCGCCCCUCCUCGCCCUCCUCCUGCUCGUCCUGCUGCCGGGCCCCGCGCGGCCCAUCUCCUUCCAGCUGCCGGGCAAGGCCCGCAAAUGCCUACGCGAGGAGAUCCACCGAGACAUGCUCGUCACCGGCGAGUACGAGGUCGUCGCCCCGCCGGGCUCGUCGAGCGGCCCGUCCGCCAACCUCAAGGUGCAGAGGGGAAGCGGGGGCUUCGCGCGGGGGGGGACACCGGGAGGCUGACCCAGAACAGGCGCAGGCAGGCAGCGCCCCCACCCCCCGCCCGUGUUAUUCACAGCGCGCCGUGAGAGGGCGGGGAGCCGCGGGCGGAGGCGUUGCGUAGGCCUCGGGGCGCUACCGGCGGCUCUGCUGCCUUCCAGGCCCUUCCCUUGUAAGGACACGUCAGCUUUGCGCGGCUCUCCUGAUAAGGCCGAAAGGCGGAAGGCGGAACUAGGCCUCAGCUCCGGGCCCUCCUCUGCUCUCUUGAGGAAACACUCUUCCGUGCCUCGUACCCACGCUCUUUUAACUUCCCAUCUCUUCCCCGCCCUCUCUGAGUUUUGCCCUCCUUAGUACAAGUUACAGGUAGGUAGCCGUGUUGGUCUGCCACAGUCGAAAUAAAAAUUUAAAAAUCCUUCCAGUAGUCUCUAAGGUGCUACUGGAAUGAUUUUUUAAUUUUUUAAAAUUUUAUUUUGUUCCUCCUUAGUACAGUAGUCCUUUGCUUUUGAGCAUGCAGCGCAUGCAGCCCGUAGUCCGAGGGGGCUGUUGCAUCCUCAGAAUAAGAAGUGGACUGAAGAACUCCAUCCCAAGUUUCAAGAGAAGGAAAGCAUUCCCACCCCCCACCAUGAAACAGAAAACAAAGAGAGUGGUUGUUAGGCUGCCAGGUGAUGGAAAGAUGAAUUCCAGUGAUGAAAUGGUGCAACGGUUUGUAGUUUUCACGACAGCAGUGAUGCUACCAAGACAGGUGUAUCCCCAUGCUGUGAAAAGCUAGGGCUCUAUGACACGGUGUUUGAAAUUCCCCAGGCGCCAGGUGCGUUUUGCUAUUGGGGUGAGUCCAGUUGCAACAAUGUGGUGGAGAUUUCUUGCCAGGUUGGCAACUGGCAUCUCCAUCGAGCCUGCUGAUUCAGGCGCAGCAAAAGACACGUCUUGUUCUUCUGCACUGCUGUGUGAAUCAUGGACCCCUUGCUGGGCAUCUUAGUCCUCCAUUGUCACAUCAAGGAAAGUAAGUGCAGGGCUGAGUACAGAUAUAGCUGACUGUCCCACAGCUUUUCCACAGGCCACACAAAUGGAACUCACUGACCACAGUUAAAAAAACCUCUGCCUUAAGUACAUAGUUAAUACCAUUUCCACUUUGUGUGUUUCUCCUCACAUACUGGGACAAGUGAAUUGUGGUAAGAGUAAGCUAUAGUCAGCCAGUGUAGUUGAGAUCAUAGAAUUGUAACAUUCAAAGGGACCUUGAGGGUUAUCUAGUCCAACCUGCUGGCAAACAGACAUUCUGUUGUGGUGGCCACAACUUAGGCUUAAGGUGCCAUUUAGCGCCUAGCUUCUAUAUCUGAGUUUCUAACACUGCUGUGACAUUCUGAUAUUAGUUUUUGCUGCUGCUUUUGAAUAUAAGAGCAGAACAAUUUGUUACAAAGCAUAUGGAGCAGCCCCAUUUUGAGCAAUCAUCCUGGUACUAAUAUAGUUAAACUUGGCCCAUGUUCAAUUAUUGGUACGUUGUGUGUUCCUAUAGGGUUAGAUAGUGGCCAAUAAUGUAGGGCCCUUGAAAUAUGGCUGUUGGUUUUCAGCAGCAUCCCCAGGUUCUUUCUUGUGUUGAUCUGUCCUAAUUGACCAAGAAAAGGAUUUUGCUUUGGUCUUGGAUACCACGCAGUAUGACCAGUCUGGGGAAGAAUAAUUGCAACUACUAGAGUGACGUGUCAGUUUUGGGAUACACAGUCUGUUACAUGCAACAGAGACUGCAUUCCUAACCACCCUUCCUCUGGAAUAAAUCACAUUGAAGUUGUGGGACUUAUUUAUGUCUGAGUCAGCAUGCAUAAAACCAAGCAGAAAGGCCUGUGGCCCAGGUUUCUGUAUAUUAGUGGUGGGUAGAUUUCAUGCUGGCAGGAUCUCCUUUGCUUUAUUACUAGAAUACUAACAGCCACCAACCAAAGCCAGGUGCAAAAUAGUGGCUAAAGAGGCAAUGUACUUUUGAAAUAAACGAAGAGGAUGUAACCCUGGAAUUUGUUUUCGUUCCACAGCUUUCCUGUCACACAAAAAACCAUUAUUGGUUUCUAAUAUUCCCUUCCUUCAUCAUAGUAGUCUAAUUUAGAGGAAAUUAGGGACAGGUUGGCGUAAUGGUUAGACUAUGACCUGGGAGACCAGGGUUCGAAUCCCCAUUCAGACAUGAAGCUCAGUGGAUAACCUUGAGCCAAUCACCAUCUCUUAGCCUAACCUACCUCACAGGGUUGUUGUGAGGAUGAAAUGGGGAGGAGAACCAUGUAUACCACCUUGAGCUUGGAAGAUAAAGGUGGUAUAUAAAUGUAAUAAAUAAAUACGUGUUGGAAGGCACCCUGAAAGUGAUCUUAUCCAGCCCCUGUUCAGUGCAGGUUCUGUUACAUAAGGUGUAACUACAGCACCCAUGACAGAUAGCUCUCCGCCCUCUGUUUAAAUAUCCCAGUGAAAGAGAGCCCAUCUGAGGUAGUCUGUUCCCUUUUUGAACAACUAAUAACAUAAGAUGAGCCUGUUGGAUCAAACCAGUGGCCCAGCUAGUCCAGCAUCCUUAUCUCACAGUGGCUGACCAGAUGCCUGUGAGAAACCUGCAAGCUGGACACAAAUACAACAGCGCUCUACUCACCCAUGAUUCCCAGCAACUGACAUUCAGAGGCAUAAUGCCUCUGACAGUAGAGGUAAAACAUGGCCAAUCAUGGCUUGUAGUUGUUGUUAGCCUUGUUUUCCAUGAAUUUGUCUAAUAUUCUUUUAAAGCUCUUAGUGUUAGGAAGUUAGCUGAAAUUUGCUUCCAUGGAAUUUUCACCUGUUGCUUUUAAUCCUGCCCUGUGGAGCAACAGAGAAGAAAAGUAUUCUCCAUCUUUUCAUGACAGCCCUUCAAUAUAUUUGAAGACCAUCAUCACAUUCCUCCUCCCUCCCCUUCCAUCUUCUCUAGGCUAAACACCCACUAGCUCUUUCAACCGUUCAUCAUAAGACUUGGUUUCCAGGUUCCUCACCAUCCUCUUUUGGAGAAAUGCUUCCUGCUGUGGAAGUUCUUAAGCGUUCAGAAAGAUUCUGGGAGUUAAAAUGUAAUUUUUAAAAAUUAGUUGUAUCUCUUGUAAAAAGGCACUUGCUACAUAGGUGGGUGGAUUCUGCCCCCCUGCCCCAGUUCUGAUGUUAGUUUUAUACAAGUACUUUUUACACCAUGUUGUCUGAUGUCAAUUUGCCCCCGUUCCUCUCUCUGUGUGUAUGCUUUCCUUUGUGAGACUUAGAAACAAAAAAUUAUAAACAUAUAAAAAUUAAACAGCCUGCUUAUGAAAGUACAUUUUUCAGAAGUGCAGCACUACACAUGUACUUGUGGGUUGGGUGGGUGGGAGUUGGAUGCUACUACACAAUGGCUUCUUUCACCCAUAAAUGCUACAAAGCAUGAAUUGUCCUGUAAAUUAGCAAAUCAGCCAUGACUUGUUUCUCCAAAGCUUGGUUUGUUUUCCAACUAUUCUUGCCUUGUGGCUCUGUAGCUUGGAGUGGGCUUGGCAAACAGUUAAUGGUUAAGCAAAGCUGUUGGGUUUAGACAUAAUAUAGACCCAAAUAUAGUUAGAAUCAUAGAAUUGUAGAGUUGGAAGGGACCCCAAGGGUCAUCAAGUGCAACAUCCUGCAAUGCAGAAUUUCUGCCCACAUUCUGCCCUGGGUAGGCUCGAACCACAAUCCUUCUGGUUAACAGCCACACACACGGACCCAUUGUGCCAAAGGAGUUGAAACACGCCAUGUUUCAUAAGCCAGCGACAAACCAUGGCUUCACAUAGUUUAUGGCUAGCAAACAAACCACCAUUAAUACAUUGGACUGGGUUCAGACAUCAAAACAAACCACAAUUUGACUAAACAAACCAUGGCUUAGCAUUAAUUACCUAAAACUGCUGUUAAUGAUGCCUGUGUUUCACCCCCACCCAAAUACUCAUUAUCCAGGAGUAGUCUAGCAUGCUGGUCAAUGAAGUCUUAACUUAGUUUGAGAUUGUACAUUAAGAAUUCCUUCCCCCAGAAGGCCACACUGAUGUAAUAGGGUGUUAUAUGCCAGCAGCCUUUGUUGGGUCCUGACUUUGGCAAUUGAUGAAAUAACUACAGAACAAAUAUCCUCUGCUCCAGGCAUGUAAAGAUCUUCUCUGAGGACUGGGGUGGGAGUUUUGUUAGAAUAAAGUUAUAAAUUCAAGCAAAAAAGCAGUUGGUCUCUGGUGGGGACCCCCAGCUUGCUUACCCCUCCAAGGCCUGGGGCAAGUGUACCUGGCUGCCCCCACAUCUGCAUGGGCCUGCUCUGCUCAUCCAGAAUAUAAAACUUUUUAUUCUGGGGUUUAAGUCUGGGUUUUUUUUACCAGCUGCUCACAUUAGCACCUUAACUUGUCAGGGUAGACAAGUUAUUAAUGAUCACACACUAGUUUAUUUUCCAAAGACAAAAUUCUGCCUGAAGACCUUCGUCUCAGAUCAGCUGUUGACUGGGAUUUAUCAUUUGCAGUUAACAGUGAUUCUUUGUCAUGCCAUUUUCACGUGUUUUAAUAGCUCAUCACUGUAGUGCUUGCUCUCUGAUCAUGACAUCCCAUAAUUAACAGUUAGGCUUUCCGUUCUGGAAGAAUGUACCCAAUGUGCUAGUUGGUUACGUAGUGGAGGUUCUUUAAUGGCUGUCAUCCUACUUGAUCUCAGUCUCGUGUGGGUGCUUAUUGUUCAGGCUGGCAGUAUGGGGAGAAAAGCUGUGUUUGUGAAGGAUGAUGAUGUUACUGUGCAUAAUGCCAGAGUAUUGUGGUGGAACAUUCCCCCCUCCCUGAAUGGCUGCUCCCCCACAAUUGUGUAGGCUGUCUUUUAAGCAGUUUGCCCAUACUAGGUAUACUUAGGGCAACGUGCCUGCCAGUAUGUAGGCAACUAUCUUGUUGUGCCAGAUGAAGAGAAAAGUAGAGCUGGCAUAAUAUAUUUUUGGACGUGGCCCAUCUAAUGGUGGAAAGGAACUAGUUUGUGUGUGCAUGCAUCAGUCACUUCUUUAUGGAAGAAACAUGUUUAAGGAGAAGCUAUUACUGCAGUAAACAAGGCCUCACAUGGCUUUUAACAUGCUCUCAUGGGGCCUUUAAAGCUUGCUUUAUUUUAUGUCUGCUCCUUUGGCAGUGGGGGAGCAUACAAAUGUGCUGUCUCCUAGAGCUUAUGCAAUUAUAAAUUAUGCAAUUAUUGUCUGGUCACUGUAAACCCAAAACUUGUCCUACUCAGAGCUGCUGAUAAUGUAUGUUUUGUAAAGUGAAUGAGUUCAUCCCCCCCCCCCCCCAUUCCUACAUCUUCUUCUGACUUUUGUUUUUAGUGGAUGCUUUUAUGGGAAUGUCUUCAACUUAACAUGCCAGAGGCUAAUAAUGGAGACAGUAUAAAUGAAUUUGAAAUUAAAAUUUUAGCAAAAAUCUCUUCACCUAUGGUGGGGACAAGGAAAGCACAGAAGUCAAUUGCCCAAGUGUUCUAGGAAGAUCUUGGUCUUAUCUUCCUCCCCCUCCCAUAAAAUUUAACAUAGAACUUGAAUGUUAACUACUUUGCCUCUCUUAUUUUUCAUAUUUCCUACAGAUCACUGACUCAGCUGGGCAUAUUCUCUAUGUCAAGGAGGAUGCAACUAAGGGCAAAUUUGCUUUCACCACGGAGGAUUAUGACAUGUUUGAAGCCUGCUUUGAGAGCAAGCUCCCUGUGGGUAAGUGUGAUAGUCCCUGUUUGGUGCUCCUGGUAUGCCUCUUCUCUACUUUCUCAUCCAUCUCUUGUAGGAUCCAUUUAAAAGGGUAAUGUUGAGCAAGGGCCAGGGGUAUCUGCUCUGCCAAGUGUUUUGAGGUCUUCUGAACUGAGAGAGAACAUUUAAUCCCAAGGGAGUCAGUUCCUAAAAUUACUAAUGAAUGCCAGUUGUUGCAUUCCUUCCCAGAAGUGUUUGCAUUUGAGCAGUGCUGAAAUCACAAUUGCCCACCCAAAGGAAAUUUUAUAAUCCAGAAUGAGACACAAGAAAAACAAGAUCAUAGAAGAGGACUGGUUGGCUAUGACAGAAGUCUUAAGAGUCUCUUCAUGAAAGAAGUGCUUUGCUGUCUUCCACAGCAGAUAGAGAUGUGCAGUUACUGGAAUUUUAUUUAGGAGAGAGCCCAAAUUCUCCACACUGUAGCCUAUACACACCUGACAUUGAGAGGGCACGGGCACAACCAACUGUUCCCAGCCAGUAAACAGAGAGGGGAAAGGAAGAAACACAGACACUGCAGUUGAUUCUCCUUUCUGCUUCAGGUAGAAAUUAACACCAUUGUUCCCUAUUCAUAUGAGACAUCCAAGAGGGAUUCCACCAUCAGUACACUGAUUUUUCUGUACAAGAGGCAAGGGAAUAUUAAAUUUGGUCUUUAUCAUUCCCUCACUCAGCUAAUACUCUUCCUGUGCUGUGUGGUUCUUCAAAGCCAGUGUUAAGUCUUACUGUUCCCUACUCUAUUGGUCCAUGCUCCCCUGCUUGUUCACUUUCCACUUCUUGGAGAUGGAACUCAGUCUCUUCAUUAAUCAGUUGAUAGCAUCUCUAAACCAGCCAGAAACCCUUUUCUUGUAGAGACGUGGCACUUAGUUAUAGUGACCGAGGGCCUGUUGCAUUGGUAUAUUCUAUCACGAGAGGGAGAAGGGGAAGUGUGCAGGACGUUGAUUAUGUACCCAGAUCUUGAGGGCAAUUGCUUAACAAGUCUUAGAGCUGACAUUUCCUUUGGGAGUGACGCAUUUGCCCCUCUUCCUCAUGAAGAUUUGGGUUGAAGUUUAGGGCAAAUAGUCCACAACACCUCCAGGCACAUUUAAUGCUGUUUCUCAACACAAAUGGACAGUGGUCAUCUUGUUGAGGUUCAAGGUAUCUUCCUGCUUCCACUGUCACUGUCACUGUUGGAACUUCAAGGUCAUAUAUAUGUCUUCUGUGCUAUGAGCCCAUGAUGUACUUAGGUAGGACAGUCUCAAUGUUCUAAAUCUCAGAGAUUUAUUUAUUUAUUUGUUAAUUUUGUGCCCUUCCUUUCCACAAGUUAACAGUAAUACAAGUUCAACAAAAUAUUAAAAAUACAAUCAAACAGCAAUAAAAGUUUUUGAAAAACACAUAAAAACAAACAGGUGACUCAAAAGACUUGUUAAAACCAGCUAACAACAUACUUACCAGUGAACAUAUGUGUUAUGGCCUUUCUAAAUGUAAAAAUACCUCUAGUCUACCAACAGAGGUCUAUACUAGAAAAACUAUGUUGGAGUGAAAUUCACUACUGUUUUUAGGGGAAGAGUAUAUUUCUUGGCUAAAGUUGUUUGCUUUCUGAGAACAGAAGAAUAUAGGUGUGGGAUUUUAUUAGAAUACUUUUAAAAUACGUUAACCUGAUUACAUGGGUGACGUAAAUGUAACAGCAUCAUAAAUGGGAGAUAGACCUAAGUAGGCUCUUUAGUGCUAUUCAGUAGCAUCAGCAAAAUAGUGUGUAAGGCUCCUAAAGUGGAGCCUCAUGACUAAACUCUAGGUUUUAAAUUUAAUAUAUUUAUUAAAUGAUUCAAGAGUAAAGACAAUCAGAGAUGGUAGGUUGCAUUAAAAAUGAAAGAUUAGCAAAAUACCCUGUAUUGACAAGGAAGGAUCCCAGGACACUAUUCUGAGCAGUGUCCAUCAAAGGCAGAUGGGGACAAAGCAGCUAUGAGUUCUGUUGAGGGGCCCCGAGAAUACAAAAAUUUAGUCAGGUUUGUCAGAUUCUACCUGUAUGCAUGAAUGGUGUUGUUUAGCCUACCAAGGAAGGUUUUAAGAGGUGUAAAUUUGAGGAGAUAUUUCUUUUCCCUCCCUCCCAGACACACUGUGUGGAAACAUGCAAAACUUUAGUUAUGUGAUUGCUAGCUUUGGGGGUUAUGCCUUAAUAGUUUAUUGUGCAGAAAAAGGGGAAGAGGUUGUUACAGACUGUUUUUGCCUUUUGAAGGAUGUUGAAUUGUCUGUGUCCCAAGAUAACUAACGGCAGCAUCCUGUUCAUCGCAAACCUUGGUAGUUCCUAUUACCAGCACAAUGCACAGUAGCAGAGUGCCCCUAAACAAAUAAUCUCUACAGUUCUUUGUAUUAUUACAUUAUUGGCAUUAAGAAGUUUAGACAUGUUUUCUGCAGAGUAGCUGAGGAUCCUGUGGCGGUCAGUGGCUGUAGGGUUUUAGCUGCCUUGAGAAGGCAGAGCUGCAACAUUUGAGCGGUUGGGCCAGGUGAGGCCUGAGCAACUGUGAUUUCUCAAGCACUUGGCCACAAAAAUGAGGAAGAGGAAGCGAAAGGCACAGCUUUUUGCGCAGGGACCCCAGUAGAGGGAAGAGCUGCCUUGCAAGACUUAGGGAGAUCCCCAUUGUGAGCGCUAAAUUGUUAUCCCAGAGCUCUUCCCUUGCGUCACACAUUCUGCUUUGGGGGCAGCACAGUUGUGCUUGUGUAAUUCUAUGCUUGUAACAAUAAAAUAAUAAUAAAAUUAUUAUUUAUAUGCCACAUAUCUGACUGGGUUGCCCCAGCCACUCUGCUUCUUGUAUUGUGUGUGGAAACUUGGAAUAUAUUGCAUGUGUUACUCACUUGCCUUAUUGCUGUUUUGUAUCCUCCACACCAGAAUGACUUUUAAUGAUCUACUAUGUAAAAAUUAAUUCUGCAUAAGUAUUACUAUUGUUUUUUUACAACAAGCACGUGUUGAAAGUCUAACCUGGAACAUUCCUUUCAUUCUCUUGUUCACCCUUUAUUUAUUUAUUUAUCUAUUUAUUUUGCUGUUAAAAGUGGAAGACUUUGUUAAAAAGGUCCUUGCCACAGGACCGAUAGCCAGAAAUUGUUUUCUAACCAUCAAACCUUAAGUGACUUUUUUGAAUGAGAGUCAUAUAUACUUCAUAACAUUGUGUAACCAAAACAGUCUUAAUUUUAUUAUGAGCUUGGAUUUAGUCCAAUUCUCUAAGCAGCUACUGUACUGAGACUAGAUGUUGCUGGAUUCUUGGUUCUGAUCUGAGGAACAACUUUGCAACUAAAAGUGCAUGAUCUGUAGGUUGCCUUGUUGUAGUGUAAAUAGUUGUCCCAUAUUGAUUUUUAUAUGUUCAUCAAUUCCAGACUGUUAUGGGCAGCGUUUGGCUAGAAUGUUGUGCAAACUAUUUUUCAUAUAAAGCCUGCAUUAGCAGUGAUUCCUGCAUUUCAGGAGAUUGGACUAGAUUGGCUGCCCUUCUCCCUCCUCGGGGAAAAGCCCCCAAAAGCCGCACACACACUCCGCGCGCUCUUUAAAGGGAGCGUGGCUCUUGGGGGAGCCUUCCUCCCGCUGCCCAGAAGAGGCUUCACACGGCUAUCCCAGAAGCCAGAACAGCAAGAGGCUAUCCCAGAAGCCAGAUCCCUCUUGCUGUUCUGGCUUCUGGGAUUCAGAAUAUUUUUUUUCUUGUUUUCCUCCUCCAAAAACUAGCCGCGUCUUAUGGUCUGGUGCGUCUUAUAUAGCGAAAAAUACGGUAUGUCACUGAAAUUAGUAUUUUUCAAAUUCACUGUGUAAAUUAGUUUCCAUGGCUAUAGCAGAAAUUCAAAGCUUGCAUAAAAACUGGAAACAAUGAUUCUUGUGGCAUGUGUAGCAGGGGACUGCCUUGCUCAUUUACCAUUAUGAAAACUACAUAUAUUUAUGGCAUCUUGGAAGCUGUCAGGAGCAGCACCAUGGAAAGUACUUGUGUUUCUAUCCAGUGAAGAGCAGUUCUCUUCCCUACCCCCACAUUGCGUUUCAUAUACUGUGCUGUGCUGCCACCUACCUGUGAAUUGGGACACGGAAAUAAAUCUAUCUUCAUUGGCAGAAUCAUAGAAGAAGGGUGGGUAUAUAAGAAUAUAAGAAAUGUCUGCUGGAGUAGGCCAGUAGUCCAUCUAGCCCAGCCUCCUGCUCUCACUCUGGCCAACCAGGUGCCUGUGGCAAACCUGUAAGCAGGAUUUAAGCCCCAAAGUGCUCUCUCCUCCUGUGGGAACCAGCAGUUGCCCACUGGCUGCAUGAAGUUGACAGAAAGGAUCUAGAAACUUCUGGUGACCAUUCCUUAAAGGCACUGCACCAAUGCCAACACCUGGUCCCUUCCCUGUUUCAUGGAGGAGGUGAGACCACAGCCUAAUGUAUCUGAUCCCAGUAGUAGAACAGUGUUAGAAACUCAGGUGUAUAAGCUAUCUCCAAAUGGCAGCUUAAACCUGGGUUACAGUUGCCACAGCAGAAUGUCUAGGCACCAUUUUCCCCCAGUGGGAUUUUGUCUUAGUCUUAUUAUUUCAUUUCUAUACCACUUCAUAUUUUAAAAGGGGGGGAAAAAUCUCAAAGCAAAGCGGUUUACAACACACCAAAACAUCAAAUAAAACAAUCCUGAAUAAAAUAAAUUAAAGCUUCAAGGAAAAUAUUUCAGAUCCAUCUCUAAGUGACAUUUUGCUUUCCCCAUAUUUAUUUACCUGCUUAGUUUAUAUAGUUGUCCUAUAGCAGAAGUUAGGGUUGCCAUAUUUCAAAAAGUGAAAAUCCAGACAGAAAAGUUGUUGAGCAAAAUCGCAAAGAAAUUGGAUGUUUUUGAGCUAUUUCUGAGGGAAAUCUGCAAAAAGGACACUGCCGAUUUCCCCAGACAUUUCGCCAAUUUCUGCCCAGACACUCCUCUUGGCUGCAGUGUUCCGAAUAUGUCCGGGAAAUUCAAGACAUAUGGCAAACCCUACAGAAGUACUCUAGGAGGCCAGUGUGGUGUAGUGGUUAAAGUGUUGGACUAGGACCUGGGAGAUCAGGGUUCAAAUCCCUACCCAGUCAUUAAGCUCCCCAGGUGACCUUGAGCCAGUCACGGCCUCUUAGCCCACCUCACAGGGUUGUUGUAGGGAUUAACUGAGGAGAGAGAUGAACCAUGAACUCCUUGGAGAAAGAGGUUGGGAUAUAAAUGCAAUAAAUAAGCUUUUCUGCUUACCCGCUUAAGAAAGCUGGAAGGGAAAGCCAGAUGGAGAUGUCAGUUGCCAACCUGGCAUCCAGAGAUCUCCACGUGGUCACAAUCGGACCUGCACCAGUUGCAAAAUGGGCCUGGUGUCAGGCUAAUUUCUAACAUGGUAGUAGAGGUGCAUGUACUAGCUAGGGGUCUUUGGUGGAUAGGGAGUUUGGUUAGCUAGCUUUUUUUUUUAAAGUCUGGGGGAGGCAGGCUGUUUGCAUAUGUUGCAAAACAGGGGAUAGUUCCUUAAUUUUUAAAAAAUGGGGGGGGGGGAGGGAGAACAGCCUCAUACUAUUUUCUCCACAGUGUUUUCGUUGCCUGUCAUGCUGAAUGCAAACAUCAGAAUGACAAACUGAUUGGCUAGAUCAUGGGCUCUUUAUUAUGUCCUGAGCUUGUUUUAAGAUAUCUGUUACCUUAAGUAAUGCUGUGUCUGACAUAACAUGACCCAAUUGAUACUGUGCCAUACUUCUUCCAUUUGGCAUAACUACAGUUUCGUAACCCCACUUAAAAUCCUUUAAUCCCAUGCCCUUAAAAGUAAUGGGUCAAAAAACAGCUGAUCUGGGAUUGGCAGAUUAACAAAAAAAUAGAAUUACUUCAAAGUAGAAAUAGUAAGAAGCAAUUUAUCCCCUUCGUCCAAAAUAGCCAGAUUAAAAAAGUGUAUUCAAAACAUUUCUCUUUUCUGACCAAGCUGACAAAUGCAGCUUUCUUAUGCAUGCAUAUUCAGGAAGCAAGUCCAAAUGUUAUCAGUGGGUCUUACUCCCAGGUAAGUGUUUAUAGGAAUGUGAGUAAGACCCAUAAACUGGGGUGACUUGUUUUGAAGUAAACAUGCAAAGGGGUUGUUCACAGCAUAGCUCUGAGCUUAAGGUAGAUGGUCAUGUUCUUUCUUCCCUCCUUCAAUCUGGUCCAUCUUGCUAGGUCCAGAACCUAUUAUCAGUGCUGAGAACAUAAUUAUCUAGGAACCGAGAGCCUGAGGAGAAAAAUGCAUGCAGUUCUACCUCCCUUUUUUCUUAAGAGAUAAAUAGUUGUAGUUUGGGUCACUGCAGUUUAAGAAGGAUAUCAGCAAACUGGAAUGUAUCCAGAGGAGGAUGUCAAAGAUGAAGAGGGGCCUGGAGAUAAAGUCCUCUUUGGGAAGGUUGAAGGACUAGGGUAUGUUUAGCCUUGAGAAGAGAUAAUUAAGAAGGAUUGUGCCAUUCAGAUACUUGAGGAUGGCUAUCACAUUGUUCAGUGUUUCUCAAACUUUCUUCUCUGGGCCACACUUUCUGAAUAUAAAUUUGCUCACACCACACUGAAUUUUUUAUUGAUAAGAAAUACAUUGGAAAACAAAAAGAAGCAACUCCUAGCAGUGCUUGAUUUAUAACACAGGACACAACUAUUUUGUAAUUGCCAUCUUCUCCUGCCACACCAGUGUAGCGCACUACACCCUUUGAGAACCACUGACAUAGAUGAUGGAGCAAAUCUGUUUGGUGUUGUCCUAGAGAUCAGACUCCAAAAGCAGGUAGCUAAAAUAUAAAGUAUUCUGUCUAAACACUAGGAAGAACUUCCAAACAGUAUAAAUUGCUACCAUUAUCAUCAUAAUAUAGUAGACUUGUAAGUUGCUUAAUACACAGAGGUUUCCAAACGAAUUGAAACAUACUUACCGUAUUUUUCGCACCAUAGGACGCAUCGGACAAUAGGACGCACCUUGUUUUAGAGGGGAAAGAACAAGAAAAAAAAAUUCUCCCCCUCUCUGCCCAGCGCCCCUUCAGCGAAGCGGCAGGAGGCGCUGCGCAGAGAGGGGGAGAAUUUUCCCCCUCUUGUUUUCCCGCUCUAAAACAAGGUGCCAUUUAAGGUGCGUUCAGGCGGCUACCUUGGAGCCUGGAGAGCGAGAGGGGUUGGUGCGCACCGACCCCUCUCGCUCUCCAGGCUUCAGGUUCCUUUCGACCUGCUCUUUGGGGCUGGCGGGGGGAAGCCCACCACCAGCCCCAAAGAGCAGGUCAGGGAGCAGCGGAAAGGCGCAGCGGAGAGGCUGCUGCCAUAGUCGCGCGUCACUUCUCCCGCUGGGAGAGGGUCGCGGGGCUAUGGCUUCUUUUUUUAAAAAAAAUGAUAUUUAUUGAGAAUUUUAAGGUUACAAAGAAAUAAGAAGGAAAAACCAAGAGCAAGAAAAAAGGAAAGAAAAAAGUAGAUAAAAGUAACAAUUAAACAAUACAAAUCAAUAAAAACCAAAGUCAAAAAGAAAAAACAAAACACACAAUACAUCAAAAUCAAAAAGCAAAAAUAAACAAAAAAAUUAAAAACAAAUCCAAUAUUCCCAGAUCCUUAACUGUCAUUACCUUAUUUCAUUUUUUUUUUAUAUAAUUUUUUUAUUGAUUUUACAAACAAGUUUUAUACAAUACAAACAAAUAAAAAGACAUACAAACAUGUAUAGUUUCAUAACCUUUUUUCAUAACCCUCUCUUCUCAGACUCCCCAAACCUCCCCUUCCUACAUCCCAAUUCCCAAAAUUAUUUCAGCAAAUUCUAAAUAAUUUUAUCAAAUAUAUUUUUCUUAUUUUUUUUUCUUCAACUUAAUCUUAUGUCGCUGUAAUCUCCUUUUCUUUCUCCAAACCUCGACAUUUUAACAUUCCUCUAUUUUAUGAUAGUUCUUUAGAUAGAUUUUAAAUUUCUUCCAAUCUUCUUCCACCGUCUCUUUCCCCUGCUCACGGAUUCUGCCAGUCAUCUCCGCCAAUGUCAUAUAGUCUAUAACCUUCAUCUGCCACUCUUCCAAGGUGGGUAGUUCUUCUGUCUUCCAAUACUUUGCGAUGAGUAUUCUUGCUGCUGUCGUAGCAUACAUAAAAAAAGUUCUGUCUUUCUUUGAUACCAAUUGGCGGCAAUGCCCAAGAGAAAGGCCUCUGGUUUCUUCAGGAAAGUACAUUUAAGUACCUUUUUAAUUCAUUAUAUAUCAUUUCCCAGAAAGCCUUAAUCUUUGGGCACGUCCACCAAAGGUGAUAAAAGUACCUUCAGUUUCUUUACACUUCCAGCACUUAUUAUCAGGCAAAUGAUAAAUUUUUGCUAGCUUGACUGGAGUCAUGUACCACCUAUAGAUCAUUUUCAUAAUAUUUUCCUUUAUGGCAUUACAUGCCGUAAAUUUUAUACCGGUGUUCCACAACCAUUCCCAGUCAGCAAACAUAAUGUUAUGACCAAUGUCCUGUGCCCACUUAAUCAUAGCUGAUUUAACUGUUUCAUCUUGUGUAUUCCAUUUCAGCAGCAAAUUAUACAUUCUUGACAAGUUCUUAGUAUUGGGUUCUAACAGUUCAGUUUCUAAUUUUGAUUUCUCCACCUGGAAGCCAAUUUACCUUAUUUCAUCGACCUCCUCGCACCUCCUUUUUUUCUAUUCUAGUUAUUAAUUAUCUCAGCAAAUCCUUUCCAUCUUUCACAAUAUUCUGUCAUUAAAUUACCUUAAUCUAUUUUAACCUUAUCUUACCAUAAAAAGUCCUAAAACUUAAAACUUAAAUCUUAUUUAUACCAAAUUCUCUUAACCAUUACAUAUUCUUACAUAAUUCUUUUUAACAUUUGUGCUAAAGCCCAAUAAUUUCAUUCCAACAUUUUUCUAAUACUCAUUAAUUUUACAAUACUUUUCUAAAUGAAUUUUUAAAACUUUCUUCCAAUCUUCAUCCAUUGUCUCUUCUUCCUGGUCUCGGAUUUUGUCAGUCCUUUCUAUCCCAUCCAUCUAGUCCAUCAACCUGGUGACCUUAUGUCCGAGGCUCUUAAGUCUCUUCCAUGUCCCUUCCGCAGGUCUUCUUCAUAUUUAUACCUGUACUUUACUUUGUCUUCUGCUCCUUUUACUCGGGGAGACUCCAGCUUGACAAUAUUUUUGUCCCUUCUCGAGAAGUCAGCCCCUUUUCCUUAGUCAACACUGAAAUCCACGUGGUAUUUGAAGGCAUGUUUCAAGGCCCCUCCAAAGUUAAGGGCCCCCACAACUCCGAGCUCCCCCCAGCCCAAAGCCAGACUUGAAAAAUCAAAACAUCCCUGCAUAGGGGGGCUCCAUCCAGCCCCCCACCUCCAAGCCAAACAGAGCUCCAUCUCUCCAAAUCUGACUUUUUCCAGGUUCAUUCAUCAAAUCCAACUACUCAUGUUCCUGCUGGGCCACAGCUCCCUCCAUCUCUGCCGCCCGGGGUCCAGCAACAGCCCCCUCCUUCAUCUCAUCUGUCAAAGCACAUUCCUGGAUUAAUUCCUGAGUGGGUUCUAUAUAGGUACCCACUGCCUGUCCAAAAUUUCCGAUCGCAACAGUCAUCAAAUCCAUCUUCUCAUGUAACUGUUCCAAUAAAGCACUUGUCUUGCAAAAGGCAAGCACCAGAGCCUCCGAGUACAUUCUUGUUCAAGGUCGAAGUCUGGUCCCACAAUCUUAAUCUAUUACAGCUGCAAAGCUCCCCAGUUCGGUUUUAAUAACAGUUUCACAAGCUCCCUCUAGGGGAAACAAUUUCUUUUUGUAUCCAUCCUUUUUUUUUUUUUUUUAAAGCAGAUCUAGCAACAAAGUUUUCCUUUUUCGGAUAUUUUGUCAAUAUUUUGUUCCUUUUAAAUGCGAAGGGGAACAAUGGAAUCAAUAUGUUUCUCUUCUUUUAACUAUCUGUCAAAAACGUUUGUCCAUUGUCAAUGAACUUCCCCAGAACAUCUGUCCUGACACCCCGCUCCCAGGUUCAAGACGGUGGAAAAUUGCCUUUCUUUACUCUCUCUCCUGCAGGUUUAAACAGUCUAAAAAAGGGUUCCCCCCUCUUCUCCUGCUUCCAAGGGGGGUUCAGUAAUUUUAAAUGAUGAAAUUUUGGUCCUUUACAGACGACUUUCUAAACUCUAGCUUGCCGUGUCUUUGCUUCAAUCUAUCUACAAAAGCGGAAGGCGGACUUCCUGUUUAGACCUUCCCGCUUCAGUGCCAAAUUAAAAAAAUUCUUAAUCCAAUUUUCCGUUCUACUCACGGGCAGUUGUUUAAAAUCCAAUUGUCCACAGGAAAAAGUCAGCGCUCUCCGGCAACAGCAAUGCGGCUUCACUCCGUGAAAGAAGCAGUCGAUUCAAGGCACCGCGCCACUUACCCCAUGUCGCUCCGGAUCCCCGAAACUGGGUUUCCCCGCGAGUGGGGGGGCGUAAAGGUGCCAGCCGAAUUCCACGUCCACAGGCUUCUCCCGCCUGUGGUUUUUGAUGGGUCUCCGCCUCGCCGUGGCGGUUCAGACCCUGUUUUCCACGGAGCGGAUUCCUCCCGAUCGGAGGAAAUCCGCCAUUGCCAGAGGCGCCAAGCUGGAAGUCCGUGGGGCUAUGGCUUCUUUAGCCCCGCGCGCGCUCUCCCGGCUGGAGAGGUGAUGCGCGGCUAUAGAGGCUCCUGCCAUAGCCGUGCGUCACCUCUCCAGCCGGGAGAGGGUUGUGGGGUGCUUCUUGAGCCGCGCGUCACCUCUCCAGCCGGGAGAGGGUCGCGGGGCUAUGGCGUCUUCCCUCCAUAGGACGCACACACAUUUCCCCUUCAUUUUUGAAGGGGGAAAAGUGCCUCCUAUAGAGCGAAAAAUACGGUAAAAACAAAAACAAAAAUACAUUGGAACGUUAACGCAUUCAGAAAGAAACAUGCAUUUCAUGAAAAAUAUACACAGCAACACCUCCCCCCCCAAUAACAGCUGCCAGAAGCUUUGGUAGCACACAAACAGACACAGCAUCAUCUUCAUAAUCUAUCAAAUGUCUGAGAAAAAAAUGUAUUUUAUUACCUGGUACCAAAACUAUGUCAGUAGAGGCACCAAGUGGACCUCACUGGGAGAGCUUUCAGCAGUGGAACAAACUGCUUGAGAGGAAGGUGGGCUUUCCUUAGUUAGAAACUGUUGAAGUUAUAGUAGUAGUGGAUUUCCUGCAUUGGCAGGGGUUGAACUGGAUUAUCAAGGGGUAAAUUGCAGAGGGAAGACCCUCUAGACCAGACCUGGUUGCUUGGGAACUAUUUAUACUCACUAGAUAACCAGGUUUGUGGCAGUUUUGAAGUUUGGGGUUGGGGAGGGAUAAUUUGAAUGAGAAGGGAGGUAAGAAGGAGGGCAGGGGUCAAUCAGGUAUUAUAGCAGUGCCACAAGGGUUGUUUCUGAUUUUCCAUUCCACAGUGGUUUUAUAUUUGGCUAGGUGAACUUUAACUUAAGAAAAAUCUAGUCAUUGUGUUAUUAUUUUUCUUCUGUUCAGUCUAAUACACCACUUCAGGUUUAUACUCGCUUUUCUAUUUGGCUAGAAUUAGCACUUAGUUCUUACCAGCUUGUCUAGCUCUAAACUGAUUCCAUGUUUCCUUAUUGCUAGAGAGUGGAACGAAGACCAGGAAAUCAGAGUGCCUGGUGUUUUGCACGCUCCACAUGCUUCAUUGCAGCUUGUUCUCAUUACUUCUCAGAGUUCCUACCUUAGCCAAUGCUAUCUGUAGAUUUUUCUGUGAUUUUGGGCAUAGUUGGACUGCCUCUUUAGCUGUUCCGAGGCUUGUACAGGAGGAGAGCCGCAAAUCCCUCCCUGCUGUGUAUUGGGGGGCGGGUGGCUGGGAAUUUCCUGGCAGCCUGAGCACUUCAUACAAUGAAUCCUUUCAUUGCAGUUCCAGGAACAGGGCGGAUGCCAGACCAGUUCGUGACCUUGAACAUGAAGCAUGGAGUAGAAGCAAAGAACUACGAGGAGGUACAUCUCUGCUUUUGCUGCCUGUGCCUCUUGAUUCUCUUCCUGACACUCACGUGACAACUGUAUGUGGCCUUGAGGCUCACAGUUCAAUGCUGUUUUCCCAGUCUCCCUGAUUCCUAGGGCUUCCCUGAGUGAAGCGCUCAUCUAGAACAGUUUUUUUGAAGUUGCUAAACACAUUUUAGGGAAGAAUCUGCUGCUUGGCAAGGAAUUUAUCAGCUACGAAGCUGAAUUUAUUCGGAAAACAGGAUAUCUAGCAUUUUUUCGCUCAGAGUGGCCAGCCAGAUGUCUACGGCAGGCCUGCAAGCAGGACCCAAGUUGAACAGAACUCCCUCAGCUUGCAGUUUCAAACAACUAGCAUUCAGAAAAAUACUGCCCCUAACACUGCUGACAUUGCAUGAAGCUACCUUGUACUUUGUUGGACUACGGAUCCAUCUAGCCAAGUAUUUAUGGCUCUCUUAAAAGCUCAGAAAAGGUCUUUCUAGGGAUGCCAGGGAUUGAAACUUCAGUCUUGUGCAUGCAAAGGGUAAUGCAUAAUUCAGUAGUAGUGCAUUUUCUUUGCACGCAGAGGGUCUUGAAUUGGUAUCUCCAGUUAAAAGGAUCUCGGGCAGGAAGUGCUAGGAAAGACUCCUGUCUGAGAUCUUUGAGACCUGAUACAGGACUAUAUGGAUCAGUACUAUCUGACUGGAUAAGACAGUUUCAUUUGAUUCAAUCCAGACGAAAGUAACUCUCAUACGUUCAGAGUACUAAGGUAUGACCUUUCCGUUUUUAUACUGCUUUUUGAUGGCCAUGAACCCUUUUCUUACAUUUCAGUUCCUUUCCUGCACAGACUGGGAUAGGAGCAUGAUACCAGUCUAAGAUAAACAUGUCAGAAUUGCUUUAUUCACAAUUUCCCCCAAUGUAGAAAGCGAUUAUCUCAUUGCAAGGAGAAAUUUAUUGUUUCAUAUAUAGCUUUUACAGCUGAUUGGGUGCAUUCAUGGAUAGGUCUAUCAAUGGCUAAUAACAUAUGAUCACUAAAUAGAGUUUCCCAUCUUUAGAGGCAGUAUACUGGGAUAGACAGUGGCAGGGAAGGACCAUUGCUCUCGUGCCUUGUUGGCAUGCUUUGUUAAGAGAGUCAAAACAGAAACCUAUUUCGUUUUUGUUGUUGGAGACUAAAGGUGCUUCUGAAUGCUGUUUUCCCUUGUAUUGGUAUACUUAAAUGGGAAUGAGGGGGCACUUAAUAAAAUAUAUUAUGAGUGCAGAGGUCUGGUACUGUGCUGAUUUGGGGGUCCAUUUGGACUAGCAGAAAACAGCAGGGGAAUCAGUGCAAUCCUUAUGCAUGGAUUGCAUAUGUCAGGAGUGCAGAUUCUUUUUACAGCUAUGUAAUCCUAAAAACAUAUCCUUAAUGAGAGAAGAUGUCGGUUUAACAGACGAUUGGAGUCCAGUAGGCACCUGCGACAAGGUAUAUGGGCGAGAGAGCAGAGGCUAGUAGCUAAUAGCUGACCUCAUGAAUUGAGAUACUUUUCAGGAUAUUGAGAUUUGUGCAAAAACUGUUCCCAGCUUUUCAGUAUUUUUCUCUUGCUAAACAGAGCAUUGGGUUUUUUUCCUUUCUUUCUGCAUCCUUGCUUAUGAAAAACCAAAUCCAAGCAAAAAAGUGACAGAACUUGUAAAGUUCUCCUGAAACUGUCAGAUUCUGCUUGGUAGAGUUAUGGCCAUGUAGCUUCCUAAGCCUUGAUUUUAUCAUUCAGAACUAAAACAUGAGAGGAUUAUUUAAUCCAGUAAUUUAGCUACCGGUGAAUUACGAAAAGCUGCUGUUUGCUGUCUCUCAAGGUUUGACUGCCCCCUUGUGGCCUUGCAAUGAACAGCCACCAUUGUAGUAAAUCUACUGUCCUAUGAUUUGUUCUGUUACAGGGGUGAGUGGCCUCGAUGUCAUUUCUCUACCUGGCCCACUGCCCUCUCAGGCUCUGCCCCUCUCCUCACCUCCACCCACUCCUCUUGUGCCCUGCUGUGAUGAACUGUCACUGCCCAGCUCCACUGCAGCUACAUUAAACCCCUUGCAGUUUGAACUUGUGGAAAUGUUAAACCCAUUACUGUAUUCGGAUAUAGCUCCUCCAACUAUGCUGCUCUUCCCAAACAGCUUUUCUGGCUGCAUGAGACUUGUUUUCUGUGCUACAAACGAAUAUGCUUAUUAAUUUAAUUUUUUACAAGAUUAUUUAAAUGUUAAUUUUAAAGUGCCUAGAGGCCACCAAGCUGAACUAGAAAAAAGGAUACAGUGCACCCGCUGCUAUUGUUCAUAAGUCAGAAAAAUCAGGACAACGUAGAACAAAUUAUUUUUUAAAUAAUUGACAAAGGAGGGAAGUACGGAUACAUUGCCCUUCUCCAUAAAUGGUUAUUAUAGGCAAUGGAGGGAAAUGAAACAGGAAAUCACUGCUUCCCUUGCUUGUGAAUCAUCCUAGUGCCUUUACUCUCAUUGGCCAGACAUCAGAGGGUGGGUUUACUAAAUCUUUGGUAGCAUAUUUCCUGAACAGGGAUGUAUGGUGCAACUUGGAGAAAUAUGUAAGCAAAAAAGUUAAAAGAGAUGUCCUUCCCAUGCUUAUUCAAAAGUAAGUCCAACUGUGUGCAGUGGAGGUUACUUGGGUAAAUGUGUUUAAGGUAAGCGUCAGAGACUUACUUUGCUCCAUUUUAAAAAACAACAACAUAAAAUAAAAAAUACAGAACAGUGGCCUUCAACAUUCUCAAAGCCAGGCACCAUCUUUAAUCCUCAUCUGUAACACAGAUUUUUUUUUACCAUGUAUGUCCAUUUUUCUUCUUUCACAGUACUGUAGUGGCAAAGGAGGCUAGGACAGCGUGUUUCCUACUUCUGUUGUAGCAACAAAAAUGCGGAUUUUUAAAUUAGGGGUUAUAUCCAGGCCCAUGUGGGAGACACAGGGGCAGCCAGGUACACUUGCCCUGGGGGAGGCCUAAGAGGGCCAGGGGGCCCUGGCGGGCCGCUGUCAUGCCAAAACCGACCCAGGCCUAAGACAAACUCUGCAUGGGCCUGGUGAUACCAGAUUACUCUUAGGCUGCAGUCCUGUACCCAUUUAGCUGGGAGUAAAGCACUGCAGUGGCUCCCUAUAUGCUCCUGGGCUCAAUUCAAGGUGCUGGUGAUUGUUUACAAAGCUUGGGCCCAGAUACCUGCAGGAGCUCCUCAUUCAAUGCAAGCCAAUUCAGUCCUUAAGAUUGCCCCCCACCAGGGUUUAGAGUAAAAGGAUGUAUAUAUGGGCCUUCUCUGUAGUAGGUCCCCUACUCUGGAAUAAUCACCCUUAGCGAUGCAACAGUCCCACAUUGUGAGGUUUCAAAUGCUGAUUGAAAACAUCUUUAUUUGCUCAGGCUUUUGUAGUUUGAUAAGUAAGAGGUGUACUCCUCCUGCAUGCAUAUCUGUUCUUAAUUAAUCUACAAAAUUUAUUAAAUGUUUCUUGUGCUGUCCAUGUGGAGCAGCAAAAUGAGAAUCCUCUCACCAAACAUUUUGUGCUCCUCUGAAAUACCUCUUCUUGAAAUUUGUCCAGAAGUGUAGUGUAAAAUGAAAACCAAUUUGACACUUGCACCAUAGAGAAUGCAAAUGAAAAAACUGAAAACGCUUGGUUAGACAUCCAUAUUUGCUAUAUGGAGAGGCUACCAUCUUGUUAAAAGGUUGCCUUUGCACAGCUUUGGGCAUGUAUCUCCCCUCCUGGAAAAUGCAAAUAUGGGUGUUUAAUUAUAAAUUUGGUGUGUAUGUUCAAUAUUUAUUUAUUUACAUUUAUUUACUGCUUGAUUGUUUUAAAACAAGAAACUAUCAAAGUGGUUUUGUCACUGGUUUAGGCACUGGAAAAUUUCCUAACAUCUCUAAGAGAUUAAGGAUAUUGGAGAUUCUGUUGGCUGAAAAAUUAUGGCUUUGUUGACCUCAAAAAUCUGCUGUGAAGGCUUCCAGAUGACUAUUUUAGGUUACCCAGGAGGGGAGAUGCAUGCCAAGGCACUGAAAAGGAGGCAAUUGAACAAGAAGACAUCCUCCCUGGUUACGAACAGCAGAUGAGGAUGUCUAUUCAAGGCUCUCCCUCCGCCCUCCCCAUUCUUUCAUUUGCAUUCUCUGUGGUGCAAGUGGUUAGUUAGUUUGGUUUUGAUUUUGUCGCUAGAGACUAUGCCACAGACAGGACUGUUUGCAUCAGGACUCUCUUUUCAAGUGAUGGGAACACAAUCUUAUUCUGCCUGUGAUUUUCAGUCUCUGUCUCUCUUUUUCACAGAUUGCUAAAGUAGAGAAGCUGAAGCCACUGGAGCUGGAGCUGCGACGCCUGGAGGAUCUUUCAGAGUCUAUUGUUAAUGACUUUGCCUACAUGAAGAAGCGGGAAGAGGAGAUGCGGGACACCAACGGUACGUACUCGAACUCAGGGAGUAAUAUUGUUGUUAUGUUUCUCUCACUAAUGCAUAUGGUUGGGGAUAAUGUUACCAUGAUGCUUACUUGAUACCUGCUAGUGUAGACAAGGCUGUCUGAUGCAUCAUCUAUCAACUUAUAAACAUACUGUUAGGAUCACCGGAAUGUUUCACCACCGCUGUUAUGCUGCUAUGCUCAUAAGCUCCCUUUCAACCAAAUCUACUAGAGUCAUGGCACUCCCUUCUCUUUACACUCGCUUGGGAUUCUUGUUAUCAUCUGCAGCCAGGACUGUUCUUAUUUGGCCCCAAGAAAAUUCAAAUUCUGUGUGCAGAAUGUAAUGGGCAAAAUUUUAUUUUGUACUUAUUUGUGUAAGCAACUUCAGUGUGUAUUUUACUCUGAUUAGCUUUUGUAGAAUUUUGACUUUCCCCCCUUCCAGUGGGAAGUGUAGGUAUAGGCAAGAGGUUGGCAGCAGAGGUAUAAAAAUUCUAUGGUGAAGGAACCAAUAUUCAUGUGUGGCAGACAGGCUCCAUCUGUGAACACCAAAGCCUUUCGCAAGAACCCCUGUAUAAUUAUAGUACAGUGGUACCUCGGGUUAAGUACUUAAUUCAUUCCAGAGGUCCAUUCUUAACCUGAAACUGUUCUUAACCUGAAGCACCACUUUAGCCAAUGGGCCUCCCGCUGCUGCUUCCGCGCCGCCGCCACGCGAUUUCUGUUCUCAUCCUGAAGCAAAGUUCUUAACCCGAGGUACUAUUUCUGGGUUAGUGGAGUCUGUAACCUGAAGCGUAUGUAACCCGAGGUACCACUGUAAUAGAAAUGGUAAUAAUUUCCGCCUGCACAGUUUUCAAAUUUCAGUAGCCAUGACAGAGCAUCUUGAGUUGCCCUUUUUUUUAACUGAAUGAAAGCUGAGCCUUUUUUGGAUCCACUUGGCCCACAGUUCAAAGAGCUUAUCUUUCUGGUACUUAGUUUUAUAUGAAUGCUUCAGAUGAAAAGAUGAUGGUUUGGGGGGUUGAAGGCAUUGGAGGGCUGGCUUAGGGAUUCUUGCCAUUUGUUCUGAGUAACAAGCUUUUUGUUUUUUGUUUUUCCCGUUUCAGAAUCUACCAACAUUCGAGUACUAUACUUCAGCAUUUUUUCGAUGUUCUGCCUCAUUGGACUGGCUACCUGGCAGGUCUUCUAUCUGCGUCGUUUCUUCAAGGCCAAGAAGCUGAUUGAAUAG